AUGCCCACAGAUUCAGAGGUCAAAGAAACAUGCGUUCCAGCUCGACCAAUUGAAGGGACCGGGAGCAAUCCAUCGGAUUCGAAUCAUACUGCAUACAGUUCACUCUCCUCUUGGAAUCUGUCUUCUUUCAAUUCCGGAUACACUACCGUAAUGCCAGCAUCCGAAUGUAGACCAUCGGUAUCGGACUUGAUGUACCAACACAGUAGUUCGCAACCGACUGAAUCACGUUCUGCUGCGCCCUCUCUACUUGCCACCCCAGCUCAUCCGAACGGUACCCUCAGUUCCUUUACCAAUCCGUACGUUUCCUCACAUGCAAUGGCUCCAUGCAAUACCGUGAACUCAUACCUCCCCGCCGGGUCACUAGAUGCAAAUGCGUUCGGUUACUAUCAACUUUCUGCACGAGCAGCUUCGAACUCGGGUGCAUCAGUAGCGCAACCUACAACCGUCACAAAUGCACCACUCCAGUCCCAUCCACUGUUUGGUACACGGUCUCCUUUCACCACUUCGGUGCUACUGGAUCCACAAUCUCCGUAUCACUAUCUGUCAACCAAUAUGGACUACAACUCCUCCAUAGACCCAAACGGGAAUCCUCAUCACGGAAAUUGUGCCCCUGCACCCUAUAAUUCGGUUAUUUAUCAACCAGCACAAGCAACGAGUUGUGCUCCGAUCACAGUUGUUCCGUCCACAGGACAAUCGAAUCCCUGUGUGAUCGGACCCGGUGGGGAGUGCGCAAAUGCGUCUAUCCCGUAUCACGCUCCCAUAUAUCCGGCCUCUUCCAUGUUCCCGUUCACCUCGUGUGUUGGUUUUCCCUCUUUAGGCAAUUCCUCGAUGACUUGUGGUCCACAGACCGGUACCAGUGCAGACCUCCGUAAUCCCACGGCCACUAAUCAGACAGUUGCCCCAUCUUCCAAUACGGGAUCACGUCCGGUGAUCAAUCCGGCCUAUAUCUCGUCCGAUAAAUUACCAUUUCAUGCUAGUUCCAGCACAGUAAAUUCGACGCAGGGAUUGAAUUUCGGUUCGUUUGGGCUCAAUCCAGCUGCACAACAACAGUUAGAUGAACUAGUCGAACGUUUGACCUACGACAACAAUGCUGCCGGUGGAUGGAUCAAUCGUGCAGAUACAUCGUCGGGAAAAACUGCACUAAAUGGAGGCGGGAGUAGUGUGGGAACUCGAACUGCCGCGCAGCUAGCACCAAUGACUUAUCGGACGCCCACAAUGAGUACUCCAUUGUCCUACCCUGCCGGUUUAUCGGGGCGAAUGAUAGACAACGGGCUCACCUCUCCCUACUCAGCCUCAGUGCUAUCCGCGUACUGGGCCACACAGGCUACAUCCUCAGCCUGUGUUUCCAGUGCACCAUUUCCCAAUCCAGCGCUGGUCAAUUCAUUUCCAUCGAGCGGUGUGGCUGGGAGAUCGGAUGAUACGACAAACGUUUUGACCCUCUCGGGACAGAUCACAAGCACUGAAAACGCCGCGGAAAACCCCGCGGAUCGAGCCGAUAACACCAACAGACUGUUACAACCCCCGUUCACUGCGCUCGGUCAGUGUGACCGAGUAAACGGAAUUUUGCCUGAAAUGAUUAGUUCAACUGGUCGAGGCUCAGAAAAAGACGGAUCAAACAAUAUAUCCGUUGUUUCACUCGAUCGCGGCGAUCCCAACACGCGAUAUUCACUUCUGGGCUCAACUCCAAACACGUUUCAGUUAGAUGGUUCAAAAUCCCAAUCAACAAAUAUCACAUUUCCCAAUUCUUUGUCAAAUGUGACCCAAGGGGUUGGUGAUGCAAUCGGUUCUGUCAAUCAAGUACUCUUGUCUAAACAAGCAUCAGUGAUACCCCAACUUGGCAUUCUUGGACAGGCCCAAAUAAGCACUGGGGAAUAUUCGGCAACCAGUCAAUCAAAGGAUAUCAAUAACACAAUGAUCGGGUCCGAUUCUAGUGGAAUUCGGACUUCGCAAUUGCCCACAUUUGAUGUGGCUUUGAGUCCUGAGGAUGCUGGGAGUAAUUUUUCAUUUGAUGGACUUUUGGCUGAGUUGAGGCUGGAAGAGAAGCAACAGCAACAGCAGCAACAACAACAACAGCAGCAAGAACAACAACAAAAACAACAACAGACGCAACCCGCACAGUCUCGCUGUGAUGAUCCUGGAAAUAACCUAAAGCAAAAUACACGCAUGCUACUGGAGAAUUUCACCUACCUCUAG